GGAGCUUGGCAAGAUCUGAAAGAUCGUUUCUCGCAGGGAGAUUCGGUAAGAAUUUCUCACCUGCAUCAUGAAUUGUAUUCUCUAAAUCAAGGUGAUUUGUCUAUUACUGCUUACUACACCAAGAUGAAGAUUCUGUGGGAUGAACUAUGCAAUUAUCGGCCAAUUCCUGUUUGUGUUUCCCCUCAUGCGUGCUGUUGUGAGGCUGUGAAAAUCUUCAAGCAAUAUAGGGAAAAUGAUUGUGUGCUGUGUUUCCUUAGAGGUUUGAAUGAUAAUUUUGCUGCUGCUAGAUCUCAGAUUUUGUUGAUGGAACCUUUGCCAACUUUGUCUAAGAUUUUCUCUAUGAUAAUACAACAAGAAAGACACUUAGGCAUUGGAGUACUUCCUGAGCCAGCAGCUAUGGCAGUUCAUACUGGGAAUACACAAGGCACAUAUUCUAAUUCCAACAGGGGAAGGUCGAAUUCUCAGUAUUCUUCAAGUAAAUCCAAUGUGCAGAGGUUGUGCACACAGUGGAAGGCAGAAUCACACUGUUGAAACAUGCUUCCUUAAGCAUGGCUAUCCUUCCAACUUUCCAAAUGGUUAUAAGCCAAAGAAGGCUUACAUUACAACUUCAGGAGGUGAUUCACAUUCUUCUUCAGAUCAAGAUGAACCUCCUUCUUCAAGUCUUGAGCUGACAAGAGAGCAACUUCAAGGUUUACUGGCAUUACUUCCUCAAUCUAAGCCCACUGCAGUUUCACAAGCCCCCAACCUUAAGCCUAUUGCUGCUUCCAACCUUGUCAGUAGUCACAAUGUUAUUGCUAAUAACAUAGAUAUGGUCAAUUCUCAAUGGAUCAUGGAUUCAGGACAAGACCACUUUGAAGAUGAUUGGGAGAGCUGAGAUCAAGGAUGGGCUAUACAUCAUGGAGCUUCCACCUAUUACUAGUUUCAAACCACUUCAUACUUUCCAUUCUGUAAACAUGAGUACUGUUUCUUCUUCUAAUAAGUUGCCAAAUAUAUGGCAUCAUAGGUUAGGACAUCCAUCUCAGCCUUGUUAUAUUUCUUUGCAACAAAUGUACCCUGCUAUUACUACUUCUCCAUGUAAGAAUUGUGAUACUUGUCAUUUUGCUAAACAAAAAAGAUUAUCUUUUUCUUUGAGCCAUACUAUUUCUGGAACUGUUUUGGAAUUGUUGCAUGUAGAUAUUUGGGGACCAUACAGUGUUGCAUCUAUUACAGGAGCCAAAUAUUUCCUCACAAUUGUAGAUGAUAAGUCUAGGUUUACUUGGAUAAAAUUAAUGAAAGCAAAAUCAG